CCCCGCGCCCCCGCGGCUCCCGCCCGCCGCUCGCCCCCUCCCCGAUGAGCUCCUACUUUGUCAACCCGCUGUACUCCAAGUACAAGGCGGCGGCGGCGGCGGCGGCGGCGGGGGAGCCCAUCAAUCCCCCGUACUACGACUGCCACUUCGCGCCCGAGGUGAGCGGCCGCCACGCCGCCGCCGCCGCCGCCGCCGCCGCCGCCGCCCUGCUCUACGGGAACGGCGCGGCCGCCGCCGGCUUCCCGCACCCGGCGCCCGGCGGGGCGGGGGGCGGCGGCGCCGCCGGGGACUUUUACCACCCUGCCGGGGGGAGCCCCACGGCCGCCUACCAGCCGCCUCCUCCUCCCCCCGCCGCGCCUCCGCCUCCUGCCCCCUGCAGCGGGGUUACCUGUCACGGGGAGCCCGCUAAAUUUUACGGAUACGAUAACUUACAGAGACAGCAGAUUUUUACGACACAGCAAGAGGCCGAGCUGGUACAAUAUCCUGACUGUAAAUCGUCCAGUGCUAAUAUUGGCGAGGAACCAGACCACUUAAAUCAGAGCUCGUCUCCUGCUCAAAUGUUUCCCUGGAUGAGACCACAAGCAGCGCCUGGUAGGAGGAGAGGAAGACAAACAUACAGCCGAUUCCAGACUUUAGAGCUGGAAAAGGAGUUUCUUUUUAACCCUUAUCUGACCAGGAAGAGAAGGAUCGAAGUGUCCCACGCACUAGGACUCACCGAGAGGCAGGUAAAGAUCUGGUUUCAGAACAGGAGGAUGAAAUGGAAAAAAGAGAACAACAAGGACAAAUUCCCCGCUUCCAGACAGGAGGGAAAGGAAGGGGAGGCCAAAAAGGAAGCACAUGAUCUGGAAGAAGAAAGAGCUGAAGGCCAGACGAAUUAAAUUUUGCCUUAAAAACCUUCGUGAAUGUCUAUCAAAAAUAACGAGAGCCGUAUCGCGGCAUCUCGGCCCGAUCCUCUCGCUGCAAAAGGUCCUGCCCUGUGGGACAAGUGACCCCCGUGUCCCUUCGCUUGUCCUGCUGCUUCGGGUGCUUCUGUUGUUUGUGGUUUGGUUUUGUUUUUUAACCGUAUUCGGAACGAUAUCUAGAUUUAACAGUUCAUCUGCUCCUAUUGGAAAUUUGAUACAGAGUUUGUAGCAAGACGUUUCUAAUGAUAUAAAUAUAUAUAUAUUUUUGCAAUGUUAAAAGACGGUGAUUGCGGGCAACAACAUAAACUUCCUAAUGAUAAGUACCAAUAAGCGAGACAUUUAGCAAUGCUUUAUUAAUCAAGACAAGUGCACUUGUACUAUUUUAAUUUUUGUUCUUAUCUUGUGUUGAGU